AUGACCACAUGCUCCUCAGUUCUGCGUCUCCUAGAGAGCCAUAACCAAACAUAUCCAUGCUGCAAUAGAAUCAGUUGGCUGACAGAGUGUGCUGGGCCGCAGGUGAUAUGCUGUGUGCUGUUCAACCAACUGGUGGUAGGACUACCAGUGGCGUAUCUCAGCUACCACUUGAUGAUGUGGCGUGGCUUCCCCCCCUUACGGGAACUGCCCACCUUCCACUGGGUGCUGGCCGAGCUGGCCUUGUUCAUCAUCAUCGAGGAGAUCAGCUUCUACUACUCUCACAGGCUGCUCCACGCACGCCAACUCUACAAACACAUACACAAGCGUCACCACGAAUGGACCGCUCCAGUCGCAGUCACUGCCAUCUACUGCCACCCGAUAGAACACAUCUUCAGCAACCUGCUGCCACCGUUCCUGGGUGUCUUCAUCGCCGGCUCUCACGUCGCCACUGCCUACUUGUGGUUCGCCAUCGCAAUCAUCUCCACUCUCAACGCCCACUCCGGCUACCACUGGCCUUUCUUUCCCUCCCCGGAGGCUCAUGAUUUCCAUCACCUCAAAUUCAAUCAAUGUUUCGGAGUACUGGGAGUGCUGGACCGUCUGCAUGGCACGGACACUGUAUUUCGCAACACUCGCUCCUACGCCAGACACACGACCAUGUUGAGCCUGGUGCCUGCUCGGGAGAUGUACCCUGAUGAGCCCAAGUGGAAACAAUAAG